CCACAAGAAAAUGUUUGUAAGGUGGAGGAGGACGGGGUUUUCAGUGACCAGCACCUGGAUAACCUGGAGAGGAGCUGCAGCCCGGACCAGGAGGAACCAGGGCAUCCACAGACUACAGAACUGGAGGAAGACUCCAGCGGUCAGGAGAUGAAGCACGAGGACGUAGAGGUGGAUGUCUCAUUGGUCAAUGUCGCUGAUGUGAAAGUUGAAAAUGGUGAACCAGGACCAAACUGUGGCCAGCUGCUUUUGCACACUUCUCCUGAAGCUCAAAACAAAGAUGAGGAAGGGACUGAAAGUUUACGCUCAGACUCCAGUAAAACUGCAGAUCCGGAGCCAAUGAGACGACACGGUGACCACGAAGAUGCUGCUGUCCCGUCAGACAGCAACUGUAAACCAAAGCUGACCAGGACCCACACGGGGAAGAAGGUAUUUUCUUGCAGCACUUGCAGGAAAGAGUUUAGUAGAAGUUGUAAUUUAAUGGAUCACAUGAAGAUCCACACUGGCGAAAGGCCGUACCUGUGCAACACCUGCGGAAAAUCGUUUAGACACUCAUCACAUCUUAAAAGCCACAUAUACACGCACACAGGCGAGAAGCCCUACAUCUGCAAAACAUGUGGAAAAAGUUACACACAACGUUCCAACCUGGUGAUUCACUCGAGGAUCCACAUCGGCGAAAAGCCGUACCUGUGCAACACCUGCGGAAAAACCUUUACUCAUUUAUCAGCUCUUAAACAGCACAUAACCACGCACACGGGCGAGAAGCCAUAUUUGUGCAAGACGUGCAACAAAGGUUUUAGCCGCAGAUUUGAUUUGCUGAGACACAUGAAAAAUCACCCAGAGGAGAAGUCUGGUGACUCGUGACAAAUGAAGCUCAUGUUGUCGUCCUCCGGGGGCAGCUGUCCACUCCUGUCUGACCCACAGAAGAAGAACCCGCAGAAGUCCAACCACCCCCUCCUGUGGCUGAUGAGCCUAAUCCCCUCCCCACAAGGGUUGCAGGUUCAACCCGGAUUUAUGCUUCUCCGUCAACUUGACGCAGAGGGAACAAUGUGGUUUUUUACUUUCUUUUAAAGUUCUGCAUUGAGUUUUUUGAAUCCCUGUUCCUUCUUAAAAUUAUUAUUUGUUGCUGUUGGUAACUUGCCGUCUCCACGGUGCAAAUA